ACCGCUGAGAGAAAGAGGGAGAGAGCGAGUCAUACUUUCCAAAAACUCACCAUGUGUAAUUUGACUUCACUUGCACCAGCGACGGACUAAACUGCGUACGUCUCCGGAAUUUUCUUCUAUAAGGCCCAGUAGCCUUGCUUGCCAGGCUAAUAGACACUGCUGGGGAACAAGACUAGUCCAGCUACAUUGUGAUGAAGUGGCUCCACGAUGGAACAACUAGCUGGGCUUGGCUCUGCCUCUCCUGUUGCCUCCUGAGUGCCUGGUGCCCGGUGGGGGCAGAGGUGGGACCCACGCCCGUCCCUGAGUCAGGGAAGCCCAUGCAGGGAGACUGGGAGUGGGGCUCCGGUUCCUUCAACCUCCAGGAUCUACUCCAAAGCUUCCCCGCCGACAGCCCUUUUGUGACAGAGACUCCGGGGAAUCCUGUCAACUGCUCCCAGCGCUUCUGGCUGCCCUCUGCCUCCCCAGUCUGCUGGGACGACAUCGCCGGGCCGGAGGAGUUUGAGCAGUCUCGUCUGCUGGUGCUCCAGAAUAGGGCGGCCCUGCAGGCGGUGUCCCUGGCCAGCGAGGUGGUGGUAGAAGGGGGAACUUCAGCCUCGUUUAAACAGCAGGCCUUGGAGGACUUGCAGGUGGUGAGGGCGGACUACCUGAACGUGACAGAGACGACAGCGACCAUGCAGAAGGUGUUCCUCACACUGGAGGAGAAGAGGAAGGAGGGGACUGAGCACUGGACCUUCUCAAGUAUAAAGGAGCACAUUGCCAAAACGAAGGACUCCAUCAACGGAAAAGACAACGUGGCAGCCCUCCUAGAGAAACAGUUCUCUAGCCUAGAGAAGUCUUUACACAUCAUGCAACUCCGACUUGACAAACUAAUGGCACAGUGAAUGUGUUCUUCAGGAUAUUUUUUUGUCAGCUUUUGAAUUAACUGUACCGUCAUGUAAUAUAUCCCACUAACAAUGCAUGCAAACUCAGGUUAAAAAACCCUUUACAAAACAUGAGGUGCACUUUCUUUGUAUAUGAACUAGGUAUUUUAUUCUUCUGUAGUCACAUUCCUAUUAGGUGUAUUUUAAUCCUAUCUGAAACCCAAACUGCAUGCAAAGCCUACAGCAUCAGGGAGAUUUUGAUGGAAAUAAAACCUAUUUUUAUACUCAGCAUGCA